UAGCUGGACAUAAACCUGACAUUCAUCAGUCAUGAAUAUUAGUCGAACAGAUACAAAUAUUUUAUCUAUUUUAAAAGAUCCUACCGAGUGACUGACUUGUCAUCACUAUACUGCUGUAUAAUGUAUUUAAUAACCAUUCAAUGUCUCUUUCGGCUCUUCGGAGGGGCCCUUCAGCAUAGUUCCCCCAUCACUAUGGACGGAUGUGGAGUGAAGCGUUCUCGCUCCCCCUCUCCAGAGGAAGCAUCCUGCUUUUCCCACACAAUCCCAGCCACCCCCGAGAUAGUACGAAGCCCCCACCCUCUUCCUCCCUAAACUUUUCCUUCCUCUUCCAUUCAUUCAGAGUAGCCAUAGAGACCGACACGUGUCUAGGAAGACCUGUUGAAAACAUUGACCCAAGGCGACACGAGUUGGCUCAUGUCAUAGCAUCUUGUUAAAUACAGCCUCAUAGCCAACUUCUACACACGUACAGUAACAGCAACAGUUUAGAGUGGAGCAAUUCGCUGAGCAGUUUAAUCAGUUUAUGAUACAGGAAAGCGCGUAAAUGCUCUCCCUGGCAAUUCUUAUCUGGCACAUGGGUUCAACUCCUGUUGUGAUUGCAAACAACAUGAUCCCGGAACCCGGGACAUUGUACAAGUGCUGUGGACAGGAGGCCUAUAAUGAGGACCGGCAGUUGUGCUGUGGACGUCUGCGCAGUGUGAAGAUCCUUAUGAAGGAACACAAGGACAGCAUUUGCUGUGGAGACGUCCAGUACAACCCAGAGACACAGCGCUGCUGCGGAGAUCAUCCUGAAAUAAAUGACAUCUCAAUUUCCUGUGAGACGGACUAUAAACAGGUUUUGACCCAAGAGCCCACAGCAAACAACAUGAUCCCAGAACCCGGGACAUUGUACAAGUGCUGUGGACAGGAGGCCUAUAAUGAGGACCGGCAGUUGUGCUGUGGAAGUCUGCGCAGUGUGAAGAUCCUUAUGAAGGAACACAAGGACAGCAUUUGCUGUGGAGACGUCCAGUACAACCCAGAGACACAGCGCUGCUGCGGAGAUCAUCCUGAAAUAAAUGACAUCUCAAUUUCCUGUGAGACGGACUAUAAACAGGUUUUGACCCAAGAGCCCACAGCAAACAACAGGAUGUCGGGACCCGGGACAUUGUCCAAGUGCUGUGGACAGGAGGCCAAUAAUGUGGACCGGCCGUUGUGCUGUGGAAGUCUGGGCAAUGAGAAGAUCCUUAUAAAGGAACACAAGGACAGCGUUUGCUGUGGAGACGUCCAGUACAACCCAGUGACACAGGGCUGCUGCGGAAAUCCUCCUGAAAUAAAUGACCUCUCAGUUCCCUAUGAAACAGACUCAGACCAGGGUUUGACCCAAGAGCCCACAGUAAACAACAUGAUCCCGACACCCGGGACAUUGUCCAAGUGCUGUGGACAGGCGGCCUAUAAUGUGUACCGGCAGUUGUGCUGUGGACGUCCGCCAAGUGAGAAGAUCCUUAUGAAGGAACACAAGGACAGCGUUUGCUGUGGAGACGUCCAGUACAACCCAGUGACACAGGGCUGCUGCGGAAAUCCUCCUGAAAUAAAUGACCUCUCAGUUCCCUAUGAAACAGACUCAGACCAGGGUUUGACCCAAGAGCCCACAGUAAACAACAUGAUCCCGACACCCGGGACAUUGUCCAAGUGCUGUGGACAGGCGGCCUAUAAUGUGGACCAGCAGUUGUGCUGUGGACGUCUGCCCAGUGGGAAGAUCCUUAUGAAGGAACACAAGGGCAGCCUUUGCUGUGGAGACGUCCAGUACAACCCAGAGACACAGGGCUGCUGCGGAAAUCCUCCUGAAAUAAAAGACCUCUCAGUUUGACUGUGAGACGGACUGAAAACAGGGUUCGACCCGUCUCCUUCAACCCACUGCUCUUUUGAACAUAGCACCUUUUCAAUCAAGGAAAAAAAGAUUUGCUUUGACUAGCACUGUCUAACUGUUUGUAAUUGUGUCAAACCUGAAGAUCUUUUAUUUCCUUGAAAAAGAUUGCUUAUUUUCUCUUAUCUAAGUUGUUAAUUUUCUCUGCAAACAGGAAAUAUUUUUUAAUGUAGAACAGUGCAA